AUGGCUAGCGAUCCUAAUGCGGCACUUAACAAAGGAAUUGAAACAGUGGUACGCGCGACAGACGAGGAUAAAAAGAAGAAUUAUGAAGAAGCAUUACGGCUGUAUCAAAUAGGCUGUGAUUACAUGCUACACGCCUUAAAAUGUAACGGAUGUCAUAACGAUAAAUCUAAGGAGAGCAUUAAGAAGAAGGUUAUGCAAUAUUUGGAUCGUGCGGAAAAGAUUAAACAAUAUCUUGAAUCAUCGCCGGCCACCGAGGAAGCCGCCACGGAGGGUACAGCGGAAAAAAAGCGCACGAAAGACGAUAAGGACGAAGAUACCGAAAAGACUAAGUUCCAGAAUCAACUUAGUGAUGCCAUUGUCAUGGAGAAACCCAACGUUCGAUGGGAUGAUGUUGCUGGCCUUGAGGCAGCCAAGGAAGCGUUGAAGGAAGCCGUUAUUCUGCCCAUUAGAUUCCCUCAUUUAUUCACUGGAAAACGAACGCCAUGGCAAGGCAUUCUGUUAUAUGGCCCACCUGGCACCGGUAAAUCCUAUCUUGCAAAGGCGGUUGCAACGGAAGCAAAUAAGUCCACAUUCUUCUCAAUAUCCAGCUCGGAUUUGGUGAGUAAAUGGCUGGGAGAAUCCGAAAAGUUGGUAAAGAACCUGUUUGAGUUGGCUCGCGAACACCGACCUAGUAUUGUCUUCAUUGACGAAGUAGACUCCCUCUGCGGCUCUCGGAAUGAACACGAAUCUGAGUCAGCGCGUCGAAUAAAAACAGAAUUCCUAGUCCAAAUGCAGGGUGUUGGGACCAAUAACAAAGACGUACUUGUGCUGGGUGCUACGAAUAUUCCUUGGUGUCUUGAUUCCGCUAUCCGUCGACGUUUUGAGAAGCGAAUAUACAUUCCUCUUCCAGAAGCGCCUGCUCGCUCCAAAAUGUUCCGGAUUCAUCUGGGCACUACACCCCACGAGUUAACGGAUUCUGACUUCAAGCAGUUGGGCACAAUAACCAAUGGUUAUUCUGGUGCAGACAUUGCUAUAUGUGUUCGAGAAGCCCUUAUGUCACCUAUUCGUAAGGUUCAGACUGCCACUCACUUUAAAAAGGUCAGUGGACCAUCUCCUUCUGAUAAGUCUGUGAUCGUUCACGACCUUUGGAGCCCCUGUUCGCCCGGCGAUGCAGGAGCCGUGGAGAUGGAUUGGACGCAGGUCCCAGGAGACAAGCUCCUUGAACCCGUUGUUUCCAUGGACGACAUGGUUCAGGCAGUGCGUCGUUCGAAACCAACGGUCAAUGAAGCGGACCUUGAAAAGCAGCGCGAAUUUACCCGUGACUUUGGUCAGGAGGGUUAA